AUGCCUCAAGAAAAUUGCGUUUUGAAAUGUUAUUCCUGUGAAACAUUUCAGGUUCACAUAGUUAAAAAGUCGAAAAAAUGGGAAUGUAAAAUAUGUGGAGCCAAACAAUCACUUCAACAUGUUUAUGGUAAAGGAAGUGGUAAAGAUUGUCGUGUUCAUGUUAUGAAAUUGAAUGAAUUAAGAAUUCAAAAGAAUGAUUAUAACGAUAUACAAAAUAUAGAAUUACAAAGUUCUAGUGAAGAAUUUACUGCUCCUCAAAUUAACAACGGAUCGGAGAAAAAAAUAACUAAAAGCAAAUGGGCAGAAUAUUUAGAUGAAAAUGAACUUACAGAUGAUGAUGAUGAAUUAUUCCAUGAUAAUAAUACAACAAAUAAACUUUGUCAUAAUAAUAUUAACAAAACUAGUGAUGUGAAAAAAGAAAAAUUAAAUAUAUUUGACACUUUUGAUAAAAACAAAUUAAAUGAUAAUGAUAAUGAAUUAAAAAAUAAUGCAUAUCGAAUAAAUGAUUUAAAUUGUACUAUUUCAAAAAAUGAUGAAACUGAAAAUUUAAUGGAUGCAGAAAAAAAUUCUGAUUUUUUCACAGAUUUUAUCCAUGAAUGUAAUAAAAAAAGACAAUCAGAUGAGCAAUUAAAUGGAGGAAAAAUAAAAAAAAUUAAAAAUUUCAAUGAAAAGUCAGAAAUUGAAAAAAAUAUAUUUAAAUUUGAUUCGAAUGAUUUAGACGAUAUAAUAAAUAUUAGUUUUUAA